UGAAGACUCUCGCUUAAAUGUCCUUUCUUUUCUCCGAAUUGUUUUUUGCAGGUGAGGUGUUUGGUCUCUGGACUUACACCUCAAUACUUACAUGAGUUACGACCUCCAGUUUGUUGGUAGCCGUUCGUCACAUUUGUACAUUCAUUUGUUGCCUUUUGGCUUUUGUCGAGAGCACUUCCGUAUAGAAAACCAUGACUGGCACUGAAGAAGACCAGAAAUUCUGCUUGCAGGAGGUGCUCGACACUUUCAAGUUGUGUUUGUCGGAGAACAAGGAAGUCUAUCUUGAACACUACGUCGCAGGGUGGCGUGGUCUUAUAAAAUUUCUGAACAGCUUGGGGAGCGUUUUUGGAUUCAUCGCCAAGGAUGCUGUCAACAAGAUCCACAUCCUGGUGACCCUCCUGAAUGGUGAGAACGGUUCUCAGUAUGUCACUGUCCAGUCAAUGGUCAAGUAUGAGCUGGAGAACGACCUAGUGGACCUGACCAAGAGAGGCAGACAUCCAGAGUCCGGCUGCCGCACCCUCCUGAGGCUCCACCGUGCACUGAGGUGGCUGGAGCUCUUCCUGGAGCGCCUGCGCACCAGCAGUGAGGAAGGCAAGUCGUCUGUCAUGUGUUCAGAGGCCUACAAUGAGUCUCUGUCCCAGUUCCACCCCUGGGUGGUCCGCAAGGCUGCAGGCAUGGCGUUCUGCAUGCUCCCGGGGCGCCUUGCUUUCUUCGAGGUGAUGAACGUCGGCCCCACGGAGCAGGUGGUGGCCAAGCUCGGGGAAGCUCUACCUCUUAUCUCUGAGGUGUACCAGAUCACAGAGGAACUUUACACUCAACAAAGCUUGAUGGACUUACCAUAAAGAGCAACAAAGUAUACUAGUAUUAGCCACUUCAUAUAGGACAUGAUUACAAGGGCUGCUAAUCGAGAUGUUAUUUGUUUUUGGUGACUGUGUUGUUUACCAUCUGCACAGUGUUAUUAAUUAAGCAUACGUUCACUGACACUAAUCUGUAACUUAUACAUUUCAUUUUUUUAUGAUGCGUAAAACAACUGUCAAUUAAAAUGAUGCGUGUUUAUCUGCACUCUUUAUAAUGGGUAUCUUUUAAAUUUAAAUUAAACUCUUUUGCUUCUAUAGAUGUAUUCUAUUUUUAUUUUAGUAAAUGAGGGGAACAGUAUAGGGCCCAAGUCUGAGCUCACUGCCAAAAGCUGUUUGUUUUAUUCCAAACAUAUCUACACAAAAUAAUCUGCAGCUAUUUUGACAAAUAAUGAAUCUUUUUUUUCAAAAUGAAAAACCCCAAAUAUUAUGUAUAUGAUGAACAGUAUAUAUGUUCUGAAAUAAUAUUUAAAAUGGGUUGCCCUUCUUAAUCUUUUUUGACAGAUUUCAUUAUUAGCAAAUUGAUAAUUGAUGGAUAGAAAUUAAUGAAAUUAAUUGCUAGUUGCUGCUCUAUUUAGAACCAAUAGCAAUCAUGAUUGUAUACAUUAGAGAAAUGCAUGUUUGACACAAUAUAACAAUAGGGUCAUUAGGUAAAGUAUUUGAUGUUCUCGUACCAUAUUCCACUCACAUACUGACAUAUAUUGCUAAUAUAUCAUACAUGUGACCAGAUAUAUUCUUGUUGUAAAAAUUACAUUGAAAAAACAACAACAACAAACUGCAGCCUUAAUAAGAGAAAAGCAGUUUCUAAAAUACUUCCACCUUGAUGGGGAAGUAGGGCUAACAGCAUUGAAAAAGCAAAACAUACCGUAACAUUAUGAGACAGAAGUGUUGGAAUAAUGUGGAUACUUUAUGAUUUAAGACUCAGAGGAAACACAUAUUUUUAUUCAGAGUUGCGAACCCAACUAUAUAUGAUCACAAUGCAGAUUUUUAAUGUAUAAAUCAAACAAUAGACUAUUGUUAUUUAUUUGUUUUUAAGUGAUUGAUUGAUUGAUUAAGAAUGUACUGUAUUAUACACAAAUAACAAUUAAUUAAAUUAGAAGGUAUUAACAGUGUUGCACAAUAAAAAUGUUUUACUUGGUU